CCUUAGGUAGUCACGGGGUUUCGCGUUAUCAAUGACGACAGGCAGUCUUACAUUCAAUGUUCCUACUAUGUAUGUACAUAUGUCAUUGAUGCCAGGUGCAGCAUGUAUACGGUACUAUGUACUCACUAUGUACUUUUUAAACUACUAGGUACAUAGGGAUCAUGGCGUUUUGCUUAACAUUCGACAUCUAAAACUUGGGACGGUGCAUACUGGUCAUUCAUUCUAUUCGUUACUUACUUAAUGUUACUACAACUAUCAUAAUGCCUCCGUACGUACCGCGCAAACGAUUGCGCACCCCAUCACCACUUGACAAUGGCAGAACAACGACUAAGUCAAGCACGAGCAAGGGCAAUGAGAAAGGAAAGGAAAAAGGCAAAGGUAAAGGAAUAGUUACCCCGGUAGCAUCUUUGCCCUCUCGCAAGGCUACCUUGUUUGAGGAUCUAGACUCCGACUUUAAAAGAGGUUCGGCUGAGAAGACGAAAUUCGCUAUACAACAAAUGCAACAAGAUGGCGACGACAGCGAUGAUAGUUCUCUGAGUUCGCUUUCGGAUGCUGAUUUUGAAGAUGUACCAGCUGCCAAGCGGCAGAAAGUGUCUCAUGAUUCAGAUGAAUCUGACGAAGAAGACUUUGAGUUUGAGGAUGUUCCCCCUCACGAACUUCAGCAUCAGCCGGACCCGGAAAUCGAGGGUGAUCUUGAGUUGACGUUGUACCAAAAUCAUGGAGUUUCAUUGGCCAGUGAAUUGGGAAAGAAAGGACCCUCGAAGAAGGAGAAGGCUGUUCGAAUCUCCAUCCAUUGCAUGCAUGUCCAGCUUUUACUCUGGCACAAUGCAGUCCGGAAUUCUUGGCUAUGUGAUCAGGAGGUCCAGGCUAUCAUGAUCUCGCACCUGCCACCCCGACUAUGGGAAGAGGUAGAUCGCUGGAGACGAAACAGCGGCUUAGAUGUCCCCGAGGAGGCCCCAAAGAAGCCCGCGAGGUCCGCAAGGGGUAAAUCGGUAGCAAAAGGCAAGGGAAAGCAACGUGCCUCAGGGCCGACCAACAAGGAUUGGGGCGAUGCAGCCGACCGACUCGAAAAGGGGAUCCCUGACAUGAGCCACGGCGAUCCUUUGCUUAGGCUUAUGAAAAGUCUCACGUCAUGGUGGAAACAAAGAUUCCGAGUUACUGCUCCUGGGCUUCGCAAAUGGGGGUACAUGAACAUCAGGAGGCUAGGCAAAUUACGGUCGAGUUUUGAAACAGAAGAUCAUGACCCAGAGCGUUUCGGAGAACGAAUCAACAAUCUGGAGGAGUUUAGACAACGCGCCCAAGAUUGUACUGGGAGCCGUGACGUGGGAUCCCACCUCUUCACUGCGUUAUUACGCGGUCUUGGGUUAGAAGCGCGAAUGGUAGCCAAUCUCCAGCCACUCGGCUUUGGUUGGAGCAAAAUAGAGGAGGCGGAAGACGAAAACAACCAUCAAACAGCACAAAUAGAUACCAAGAAAUCCAUUCAAUCUACUUCGAAAAAGGCGAAUAAGAAAAUUACAGUCAAACCAGCAACCCGUCGGGCGAAGAAGAAUGAUAACGACUCCCUAAAGAUGGACUUAGAUGAAUCUGAUGAAUAUGCAGAGCCUCGAACAGAUGAGAGCAAUGAUGAUGAUUCAUCAGUAAUCGAUGUCACAGAUACAGUUCGCCCAAAGCGAGCAGAAGCGAAAGCUUAUGACAAGGACCUUGAAUUUCCUCACUAUUGGACCGAGGUUCUAUCACCAAUUACGAAAAAAUACCUGCCAGUAGACCCAAUCGUCAAAUCGGUCAUAGCCAGCAGUAGAGAUCUCAUCGAAUCCUUGGAGCCACGAGGUGGUAAGGCUGACAAGGCAAAGCAAGUGAUGGCUUACUGCGUGGGUUUCUCCGAAGAUGGCACAGCUAAAGACAUAACUGUGCGUUAUCUCAAAAAGAAUAUCUUCCCCGGCAAAACAAAAGGGUUCAGGAUGCCCGUCGAGAAAAUACCAGUUUACAAUAAGCAUGGGAAAAUAAAAAGAUACGACCAAUUCAAUUGGAUCAAGUCGGUUAUGAGAGGAUAUAUUCGAGGCGAUAAAAAGCAUCCUAUCACGGAAGUGGACGAGGUCGAGGAUACUACCGAUCUCAAACCAGCAGUUCCAGAGAAGAAAGAAGUCAAGGCUGGGGAAGAAACACUUCAAUACUAUAAGACCUCAAAGGAGUAUGUCCUUGAACGUCACCUCAAGCGCGAAGAAGCCUUACUUCCUGAGGCCGUUCCUGUAAGGACGUUUCGGAACAAGGGCAAAGGUUCCAAAGUCGAGGAAGAGAACGUAUAUCUACGGAAGGACGUUGUGGCGGUAAAGAGCGCAGAGACAUGGCAUAAGCAGGGCCGCGCUCCAGUAAAAGGGGUUCAACCUCUCAAGCACGCCCCUUAUCGAGCGGCGACAACUAAUCGACGGAGAGAGAUUGCCGAGGCCGAAGCAGCAACGGGUCAAAAGGUUAUGCAACCACUGUACAGUCUCGAGCAAACGGAUUGGAUUAUUCCUCCUCCUAUUGAAAACGGGAUCAUCCCGAAGAACGAAUAUGGCAACAUCGAUAUGUUCGCAGAACACAUGUGCCCGGAAGGUGCUAUCCACGUCCCAUAUCGUGGUGUUGUCCGGGUAUGCAAACGACUUGAGAUCGAUUACGCAGAGGCUGUUGUCGGGUUCGAGUUUGGCCAUCGAAUGGCUGUUCCCGUCAUUCAAGGUGUUGUUAUCGCCGAAGAAAACUACGAGCAUGUAAUGGAGGAGCUCGAGAAGGACGAAGCUGAACGAGCAAGGAAGGAAAAUGAAAAACGACGCAAAGAGGUAUUCACCAUGUGGCGCAAAUUUCUGAUGGGUCUGCGGAUUGCAGACAGAUUCAAACAAGACUAUGCGCACCUCGACGAUUCGGCCAAGGAUUUUGGUCAUAAUGAUGGUGUCGAUGAAGAUUUCGAUGCCAUGCGUGAGAGAGAUGAAGACAUGGCCGGUGGGUUCCUACCUGAAGGAUACGAGGAGGAGGAAGUGGUUGAACCAAGCAAGAACUCUCACCAAUCUUCAAAAUUCCUUGAAGACGAGGAUUUAGAUGAUGAGAAUGACCCCUUCGAAGUCGAGUACGGCGAACAAGAAGAGGUUAGCCUACCUGCUACCGAGAAGUCCCCUGCACCUGAAGCUCUGGCAAAGGCAGUGCCCAAGAAAGCAGCACCGAAGCCGAAAGCCAAACCAAGGCAGUCUACGCGAAGACGAACUCGAAGAACACAAGUUGUAUCUUCUGAUGAGGAGAGUGGUAAUGGUAAUGGUGAUGAUUUUAUACCUUCUGAUAGCAACUGAUAGUAACUAAUUCAGCAUCAUUGAUGUGUCCCCUCCCCCUUUCUUUUGCCCCUUAAUUUGAUGGUAGCAUUCGCGACCUCGAUGUGUUUAAAAGAUUGCUUAUCUCUGUAGUCUAAGGCCAGAAACUUAACGUUCAUAUUGACAAGCUUUAGGUGGCUUUAGGGGUAGAUAUGGCUUCUUCAUUUGAACUAUUAUUUGUUGGGCUACAUACCCUAAACUCAGCUGUAUCUCCUUCCUGUAGUAAACUCGCC